CGCAUCUUCGGUUGGGACGCAUCAGCAACACUUAUCCGUUAUUUCGAAUCGCCCACCCUCAGCGCGCGAAAUCUAUUCAUCCCACGAAAACGAAGGGAAACGCAUGCUGCCUCCUUCCCUCCCCCUCCGAAUCGCUCCCUUCCGUUGUUCCUUCGCACCAUCCCCUGAGCCUCUCUCUUUCUCUCUGCUUUUUUCUCAAACACUUUCUGGGGUUCUGCGCUGGGUUCUUUUGUGUGCUGUCAUCUUUUCGAUCUUUCCCUCUCUUCUUUAACCUGGAGUGGAGGAUCCCCUCUCUCUCUCUCACUCUCUCUAAGAGGCAGCCUUGGAAGGGAAGUCCAGGCCCUUUGCGCCAUCUUCUUCCACAACUGGAUGGAUCUCUCCAGCUCUCUCGUUCCUUUUUCUUGUGCUUUUUCCUCUUCAAACUGCUUUCAGAAUGUAGAAUAAGGAUUUGUAAGCGUCUUUAUUCUUCGAUUCCAUCCACCAUCUCGAAAAUUUAUGAGCUGGUCAUUUCUCUUUCCUUGGGCUUUUCUCGGCUCGAUCUGACUUGAUUAGAGCAGCAGCAAAGCGAGAGAUCUUCGAAAAUUUGAUGGACAUCGCUACCAUCAGCAUGGGCAUUCCCCCUUCUCCGAGUCUCGAAGGAAAUCCCGGCCACCGCGACUCGAAAUCUCCCAUCGAGUUGUGAUCUUUGAGCCGGUCGAGAGCAGGUGGAGGGUCGGAAGUACGAGAUCAAUCAUCCAUUGCAAUGGGAAAAUUGAUCGAUAUGAAGUCCAAUCCAGCUCAGGCGAAGGCCAGGGCAGGUGGCAGGAUGGUCGCUUCACAGAAGGCGGUCUUUGAGCUGAAGCACCGAGUGGUCCUCACGCUGAACAAGCUCGCCGACAGGGACACCUAUCAGAUUGCGGUCGACGAGCUCGAGAAGAUUGCUGAGAGCUUGACUCCCGACAUGAUCGGGCCAUUUCUCUCGUGCAUUGCCGAUACCGACUCUGGGCAGAAGAGUGCUGUUCGGAGGGAAUGCGUGAGAGUAAUGGGCACCUUGGCCAGGGCUCACGGAAGCCUUUUGGCUCCCCACCUUCCGAGGAUGGUGGCUAGUAUAGUUAAGCGCCUCAAGGAUUCGGAUUCUGUCGUCAGGGAUGCCUGUGUGGAAACAUGCGGUGUUCUGGCUACGAGCAUAAGGAGCUCUGAUGGUGGUGGUGGUGAAGGCAGAAGCUCUGCUUUUGUGGCAUUGGUCAAGCCUCUUUUUGAAGCUUUGGGCGAGCAGAACAGACACAUGCAGGCUGGUUCUGCACUGUGUUUAGCUAGGGUUUUUGACGAGGUAAGCGAUCCCCCUAUGUCGAUGGUGCCACAGAUGCUGGCUCGUGCAAUUAAGCUGCUCAAAAAUCCGCGCUUUAUGGCAAAGCCAGCAAUCAUCGAGUUGAUCAGAAGCAUUGUUCAGGCAGGAGGUGCUUCCACAGAGCAUGCUCUCUCUGUAACACUGACCAGCAUUCUGGAUGCCCUUAAAAGCAGUGACUGGGGGACACGCAAAGCUGCUUCUGUGGCAUUAGCAGGUAUUGCUGUCAGUGCUGGAGCUUUGCUGGGGACCUUCAAAAGUUCCUGCAUGCGCUCACUUGAAGGCUGUCGAUUUGACAAGGUGAAACCAGUGCGGGAUGCAAUUUUGCAUGCAAUGCAGUGUUGGAAAACCCUUCCGGAGACUGGUUCUCCUGAACCUUCAGAAGCUGGGUCAUCCACGAAAGAAAAUUUUGUCAUUGGCCACCAUGACGUUACCAGUGCUAGUGAUCAUGAGUGGAGGGACACAUCUUUCAGGAAAGUUGAUCCUGUUUCUGCUGUAAGUGGCAAGUCCACCAGUUCAACAAAGAAAAGGGUUCCUUUAUCUGUCAGGAAAGCCUGUACCAAUUACAUGCAGAAUCACCAACAUUUAAAGUCAAAUGAUUGGCAUAUUGAGAUAUCACUUCCAAAAAGUCAUGCUAUGCCUUUGCAUGGAGCUGAACAGAAAGAAUCUGAGGAACAUUGCAUUGCAAAGGCUCAUGACAGAAAAACAGCAGAUGCACCCGGAGAGCAAGACAUCAAGUUUGAUUAUGAUCCAGUGGAUGGUAAACCAGAAUGGAGAUCCAAAAGGUCAGAUUUAGUUAGUUGUACCUAUGAGACAAUGCAUGUUACUGUUGCCCAUCAGUGUCUUGAGGAUGGUGAUUCAGCGGACCUAAUCAGGGCAAAUCACAAGCAUGGCACACUGGAGAUAGAACGUGAACUCCUUGGAACUCUGGAGAGCACGAGUUUGGAUUCAACUGUUACAGACUUCUGUUCACAGACUAUGCAUGGAUGCUGUCUGCAUGCUGCAAAUGAAUUGGCCUUCAUCAGAAAGCAGCUCUUGGAGAUUGAAACCAAGCAAUCAAAUUUAUUAGAUCUCUUACAGGUGUUUAUGGGAAAUGUGAUAGAUGACCUGUCAACCUUGAACUUCAGGGUGCAUAAUUUGGAGCAUGCUGUACAUAAAAUAUCACAAGGCAUUACCCAGAAUGAAAGUUAUUCUAACUUCACUAGUUCAAGAGUUUUGAAGAAAAAUCAAAGUGUUUCUUCAUCUCCUCAGCUCUCUAAGUGCACGCCUAGGCCAUCGACAGAUUCUAAUUACAAACAACCGGCAUUAUUAUCUAUGAAAAAUAAGGAACUGUGGGGUGAAAAUUCAUCUUUGAAAAGCAGGUCAAGCACUUCAGUCAAAGAUGGAUUGGAGCUCUGGAGGGAUCCUACACUGAACAUAAUCAGAAAUCCUGCAGCAAAAGGUUUACAGAAGAACUCAGGAAGAAAUGCUCACAGCUCAGGCAGCAGUCAAGCAAGAGAUGUGAAGGCUUCACAUUCCGUUUCAGGUAGUAACGUUAGUAUCAGGCAAAGUAACUUGGAAGAUGUGACUGGCUUCUGGCAACGGGUUCAGGAGUUUAUUAGUGUUGGAGAUGUGAAGUCUGCAUAUGUUGAAGCUCUGUAUUCUGGUGAUGAUAUCUGUCUAAUCGAGCUUAUGGAUAGAACAGGGCCUGUUCUGGACAGACUGUCAUGUGAGACGGCAAGUGAAGUUCUGAGCAUUCUGACUAAGCACUUUCUGGAUCAAAGGUUUCCGGAUUCCAAAAUAUCUUGGUUGCAACAGGCAAGUUGCUGACCCUUCAUUACUGCAGACCUCUGUAGUUUUGGCUGCUACAUGCCUUGUGAGGUGGUGGAUUUAAGUAUUGCUUAUGAACCGAGGCCCCUUUUUAUGUCUUCAAAAGUGCAGAUGGAGUUCCUGUUAGCAUUACAGGAACUGGCAGCUGUGGGAUUCUCUCAUCCAGUAGAUAGAGUCUCUGUAACACAACUUCUGGCAAAUUUGAGCCAAGUAUGGGGUGAAGUCCCCUGCAGGCUGUUUGGAGGCAUAAAUAUUCAUGUGGAGGAGAGUUGUGACUUGUGAGCAGUCACAAAAUGUUGAGCUAUCCUUGCACAUUAUGGAACAAUUAAAAUCUUACCCAACUAGAAGACAUAUAUGCAUUGUUGGAGCUUGAUAUUAUCUUUGGAUUUGAGGAAUUUGACUUUUGCUGCACAUUGUUGGAGCUUGGUAUCUUUGGAUUUGAGGCUUGUGCUUAGACAAAUUUUGUUCCCGUCACAGGAAAGUGCUCCCAACUAGGGUCCAAGGAGAAUGAAGUGCGGUAGCAAAUGCAAGUUGAUGCCACUUGACAAGUAGAAAUUCCAUUUUGCAGUAUCCUGGAUAUCUGAUGAAGCUUUCUCAUGUGAUAUUAUGUGUUCAAUUUUUCAUCUAUUUUGGUAAUGCAUGAAAUCACGGAGUAAAACAUAUGCCACCUGAUGCAUUGUAACAGCUCAUUCUGCAAGGAAUGCAAUCCUGAAACCUUGGUGAUAGUAAAUGUUUGAAUUGCAUAUCCAGGAGAAGUAAACAUGCAGAUCACUAGAGCCAAGGGAUCAUAUGUAAUAUGUUUAAGUUGGCACAUUAUAUUUAUCUAAGAAACUUCCAAGCUUUCCAUAAUAUGCACAAUUUCUGUUGAUAAUAUUAUCACUAGCUACCUUUUUUGCUGGUAUGCAAAAGGCAUAAGGUUCUGACAUAUAUGCUUUAGGGUGAUAUUAUUGAAAAAAUUGUAUCUUCUACUUUCAUAUGGUAGAAUUUUUGCUCU